AUGGCUUGCUCUCACGACAAGGGCCGGUGGCCGCUGGUUCGACGACUUCGAUGGCUUAGAGUGCUUCAAUAUGUGCUGAAUGCGGUGAUAAUUGCCAUCAGUGCAUAUCUCAUCUCAUUCUUGAACGCCAACGGUGGUAAUCUAGGUGGUGCUGCGACAGUACCCGUGAUUGUUGCACCAUUGACAUUCAUUCUCACCGUUCUCCAGCAGUGGUUCGGCACGCAUCUAUCCGGUUACCGUAAAAGAUGGUGUCUAAUCUUCUUCAUCUUCUUCGAUCUUACUUGCAUCGGCUUGCAAGUCCCCCUGAUUGCUGUCCUGGCCGUAGCUGGUUUACCAGCAAAUUGCGACGGUGUAGCAAAUGGCUUGGAUAGUUCAAUCUUUGGCAAUUCUGGCCAUGGUCUAUCCAAGAGAUAUUGUGCUGUGCCAAACACUUCGUUUUGGCUGUCCAUCAUUCUGAUGCUGCUCUAUGUCUACAGCAUGAGCCUUAUAAUCCGUCAAAUCGUCGCAGUCAGCAGAGAAGCGAAGCUGCUCAAAGAGGAGCAAAGGGUCAGCGACAGCAACGAGAGAGUCACGGCCAUCAUGGCCGCUCAUCAGGCUCCGCCACGAAAUGCCCACAGAUCGCGACACCACCAAACCGAAACUGUUGACUUGCGAGAUGAGUCGGUUCGAAACAUCGAGAGCCGUGAGGGAAGUUCAGUGGCCGGCGAGGAACCUCCUCCAUAUAUCCACGACGAGGAACACGGCAUGGCUAAGAAUUUGAAGAAGAACUAG